AUGGACGCGGCUGGGGCUGCGCCGUCGCCGGCGGCGGUGGUGGGGGAGCGCGUGGCGGUGAAGCUCAGGGGCUACUUCGACCUCGCCAAGGAGGAGAUCGACAAGGCCGUGCGCGCCGAGGAGUGGGGGCUCCCCGACGACGCCACCGCGCACUACCGCAACGCGAUGCGCGUCAUGCUCGAGGCCAAGGCCGCGCGCGUCCCCGACGCCGUCUCCUCCAGCGAGAGGGGGCAGGUCAGGGUGUACCAGGAGAAGAUCGCCAAGUGGCAGGCGCAGGUCGAGGAGCGGCUCAGAGUGCUUGGGCAGAGAAGUGGUGAAGGGGCCACUGCUGCAGUAGUGCCUAAGAAGGUUGCUGCAAGCAAUCCUAUUGGUAGGACUGCAAGAACAGCGCCAAAUAGCAUCCAAAGAUCUCCUUUGCAAAAUAGUCCUACCUUCAACAGAGGUGGCCAAGCAUCUGGACAUCAGAAGAUAGGAAGUGGAGCUUCCAGACCUGUUCAAAAGGCUGGUGGAAGCUAUGAUGACAAGCUUGUUGAAAUGAUUAAUACAACAAUUGUGGAUAGAAGCCCUGCUGUUAAAUGGGAUGACGUUGCUGGUCUUGACAAGGCAAAGCAAGCACUCAUGGAAAUGGUUAUUUUGCCUACUAAACGAAGGGAUUUGUUCACCGGACUUCGGAGACCUGCUAGGGGUUUGCUUCUCUUUGGUCCACCUGGGAAUGGAAAAACAAUGCUUGCCAAAGCUGUUGCAUCAGAAUCUGAAGCAACAUUUUUUAACGUUUCGGCUUCUUCAUUGACAUCAAAGUGGGUAGGAGAAGCUGAAAAACUUGUCAGGACACUUUUCAUGGUUGCAAUUGAUAGACAACCAUCUGUUAUUUUUAUGGACGAGAUUGAUAGUGUCAUGUCUACAAGGUUGGCUAAUGAGAAUGACUCUAGCAGGCGACUGAAAUCUGAAUUCCUUAUCCAAUUUGAUGGGGUAUCCUCAAACCCAGAUGAUUUAGUAAUUGUUAUAGGGGCUACUAAUAAACCUCAAGAGUUGGAUGAUGCUGUUCUUCGAAGACUGGUAAAAAGAAUAUAUGUGCCACUACCUGAUCCAAAUGUACGGAAGCUACUUCUGAAAAAUCAGCUCAAAGGACAAGCAUUCAAAUUGUCGAGAUAUUCUGGAAGUGAUCUGAGAGCCUUGUGCGAAGAAGCUGCAAUGAUGCCAAUAAGAGAGCUUGGUCCACAGAAUAUUCUUACUAUUAAAGCAAAUCAGUUGCGACCUUUGAGGUAUGAGGAUUUUAAGAACUCGAUGACGGUGAUCAGGCCAAGCUUGCAGAAGAGCAAAUGGGACGAGCUGGAGAAAUGGAACGAGGAAUUCGGUUCGAGCUGA